CCAAGAGUUCGUUGAGCGCGCGCGUAUCGCUAUAACUUUGAUAGGCCACUACCAGGAGGUGCCUUGUCACUUUCAGGUGAAAGCAAGGAACUUUCGGCAUCAGGAUGUCAUUUUCAUUUUGCAAACAGUUCGGCAAGGACAAGGUUAUCUUCGUUACCAAGGAAGACCAUGCGACGCCCAGCACAAUUGAGCUACCGGCGCCAGAGCCGGCAGAGGGCGUAAUCACAAAGGACGGCAACAUCAACUGGAGCUGUCCCUGCCUGGGCGGCAUGGCCACGGGACCGUGCGGCGUUGAUUUUCGCGAGGCAUUUAGUUGUUUUCAGUACAGCAAUGCAGAUCCCAAGGGAUCCGACUGCUUCGAGGCAUUCACCAAAAUGCGCGACUGCUUCCAGCAAUAUCCCACCGUCUACAACAAAGCCAAUGGCGGCGUUGAUGACGACGAUGAUGAUCCUCUAUCUGAUGCCCUACCCGUUGACAAUUCGACUGGAGUUCCAGUCAAGGAGGAGGAUCAGCCCGCAGACAGUGGGGCACCUGCCCCAUCUGCCGAAGAGUUGCCGCCGCAGACCAGCUCGGCGGUAGAGAAGGCUCAAUAAGAGAGAAGAAUUCCGGACAACAUUUAUGAUUACUAUGGACAUUUCUGAACAAAUAAAGCAUGCCGGAAAUCCGUUAGAA